AUGUCUGCAAUCAAAGGGAUGCGUGAUACGGUGCUGUCUUCAAGAUUUGCGAAAAGUAAGGAAGAGACGAAUGAAGCUGACGAUGUGAUCUCACAGUGGAGAGCAACGCACAAAAAACCUCGGCGAGUUAUCAAGACAACGUCAGAGACAGUAAUGGAGAAUAUCGUUUCGAAAAACACUUCGUCUUCAGUAUUAAAUGAAAUGGAACAGAAGAAUGACAUCAACAUGACAAUUGAAUCGGGGAAAAUUUAUGAUCAUGAAGUCAUCGUUCCUCCCAUUAUGGAUACUUCGAGUAGCGAAAAAAACGAUGGAAUAACCCAUUUAUCGGAAGCUGAACCAGCAAAAAAAGAAAAAAGGAUGAAUGCUAAAAGCAUGCGCAAUAAGCCAAAUGAAGAUGAAGCAUCACAAAAGACGGUCAAUAAUAAAAAUCGUAAGAAGGAUUCAGCUCUUCCCGAGAUACCUCAAAUAGAAAGGCGCGUUACAAGAAGUAUGACAGCUGGAAAUAGGAAAGAUACAAAGGCUGAACCUGUUAAAACAGAUAAAAGUAUAACUAAAAAAGCUCCAAAGAAUCCACCUGCAAAGAAAGAAAGUCGGCGGACCCUUUCAAAAUCAGAAUCUCAAAAAAAAGACAAUCAGAUGACAGAAGCAGUACUGACUCAAAGCAAUUGGAGAACUUCGAAGGGUACUAGAACCAGGAAAAGCGCUGCAAUAUCAGUGGAAUCUGAAGUAGAAGAAGUAGGAAAGCGAGUAACUAGAAGUAGAGCAAGCAUCCAGCCAACUCAAGCAGUAAAAGAGAAAAAAUUGUCAAAUCCAAGAAGAAAAAAAACUCAACGCGAUGAAGUUAAUAAUCUUGAGUUACCUCUAGAUUCUUCCGAAAAUAAUUUAGCAGGAGAGGGCUUGGCUCUCAAUAAAGAAGAAAUUUUAUUGGAAAAACCUGCAAAAGUGCAUCAAGAAACUCAAACCAAUCUUUUCAAUAUGUCCGAAAAUCAAAAGAAUUCAGAAGAAUCUAUGAGUUCUUCUAACUCGGAAUUGCCAGAGUUGAUCGAGGAGUCUAAUGACCUGCACUAUACCAUAGAUGAAGGAACGCAGACCGAAUUUCCGUCGAUGAAUGAUACUAACGUGUGUUAUUCUGACUCAAUCAGAGUUUUUGAUAAUUACAGUACUCCAUAUAAUCCUAAAAGUGCAGGAAGAAAUCAAAAUUCUAACUCUUCUGAAAGGGAACAAUGGCAUAAACGAGAGAAACCCGUGAAUCUAGAAAUAUUACCGGAUGUCAUCUUCACUCCUAUUCCAAAAAAAGCGAAAAAAGUCAGAAGAACCGGUGAAUCAGCGUCAAGUGUUGUGGAUGCAUUGGAUCAAACUGGAUACAAUGAGAAUCCUAUAACUGAGAACUCAAGAAAAGGCUGCUCUGUUAUCAUGACAUCGAUUGAAGACAACAGUGGUUUACAAGCAACAAAGGAAAAAACAUUUGAUCUAUUUGGAGCUUCAUUUGUUGAGAAAAGUGGCUGGGAAGAAAGAUUAGCAGUGAAUGCAAAAAUUAUUCUUUCCACGUCAACUUUGAAAGACAGUCACAUCGCUGACAAUAGAAAUGAAGAGGGAGAAAAGACUGACCAAUUGCCAGAUAUCUUGAAGAAUACAGCCUUAAACUCUCCUUUACAAACAAGUGUGAACACUCUGAAAGUGAAAAAGAUCAAAAAUAAUAUAAAGAGUGGGAAUAACCUUGGAACAAGUUCAAUAUUGGAAGUUUCCGCAAAUGAUUGUUUGCCAUCUCUACAUGAUAAAACAUUCGAUUUGUUCGGAAGUUCGUUUGUUGAGAGUAGCGAUUGGAUGGAGAAGAUUGGUCUUACGAACCACAACAACUCUUCGAUUGUUAAGAACCCUCUAGUUACUGAUAAAAGAGUUGAUCAGUUGGAAAGUUCAACUGUUGAUGAAAACGAUUGGAGAGAAGUUAAUCUAUCAAACAGAUCCUCUACUCCUAAGAGAUACAGUGGAGUAACUGGAGUUCACGAUUCUCCUGAUGAUAACCAUGAGAAUGUGACAAACUCCGAUGAGGAAGAAACUUUUUCUGUUUGCGAAGAAGUUGAAACGGAAAAAAUCGAAAACUUAUCUGAAGAAACUAUGGAUAAAAAUGAUAGUAUGAAGUCCAUUGAAAAACUAUUUCACGAAUCGAAUGAUGCACUCAACGAUAAAAACCAAACCGGUCAAAAUGAAAACAAUUAUGAUUUGGAAUGCGAUAUGAACUCUCUCCGACUCACUACAAGCGAUAUGGAUAUUGCUGAUGAAUCCAGCAAAGUUGAAACAGAAUCUCCGAUAGUACGGCUUCAAGAGCAUUUAACUAAUACCUUCUAUAAUGAGUUUUGGAAACAUCUCGCAAGAAGUAAGAGAAAGAGAAGCAAAUUUGUCAUGACCAUGAUAAUGGAAGAAGAUGAACCCACUUGCUUGAGUUUUGGACGAAGCGAGAAUGAGAUAUCCAUAAAUACAUCAUGCAUAUCAAACAUACUGCUUUCUUCUACCAUCCAAGAUCAAACGAUCACGAUUGACGUUACCAGGCGGAAAAGUCAAAUGAUGUCUUAUAUUGAUGAAGGAAGGGCUGAGAAUAGUUAUUGCAUCACGACUUCAUGUCUGGAAGACGAAUUAUCAAGACUAUACAUAACUAAUGCUCUCGUGAAAGACGAAGUUUGGAGUUUGAAAAAGAGUCAACCUACAGUUGAUCCUUACAUGAUUUCCCCUGUAUUAAACACUACAAUCACUGUAGAUGUCAGUAGAAGAAAAAGUAGUUUAAUUAUAUCUGAAUUGGAAUAUGCAUUCAACGAAGAUAUCGGCGGCUCUUUCAACUCGAGUGUCGUCUCAGACAGAAACAGAACACAAACUCUGCUUGGUAGAACGUUCACCCUGCUCGGUAACUCUCUGAUUGAGAAUGAGAAUGACAAAACGAAGGAUUACACCCAUGAUUCCUGUCAACUUCGCAAUACUUUCACAAUUUCUCCAAUUAUGAACAACACUGUUACAAUUGAUACAACUGGAAGAAAGAGUUCACUCAAAGCUGUUAACGAUUUUACUCGUAGAAGUGACUACUCCACCGCAACCAAUGUGGAUAAUGAGAAAUCAUUCGACCCAUCAAGGUGUUCGCUUGAUGAUGAAGAUGACGAUUGGGACUUGAAAGAUAUGCCUGGAAAUCUCAAUUAUAAUGUCGAUCCGAUUGCCAUAUCUCCUAUUCUCGAUAGCACCAUAACUGUUGAUGUCACCCGAAGAAAAAAUAAUGUUCUGAUGUCUCGAUUUGAUGAAGACUCAAUGCAAGAGAGCGACUGCACUUCUGACAUGGCAAUGAUAGAGAAUAAAACAUUCAGCGCAAAUGCAGAUACAGAAGUAUCUCAUCUAACUGAACAACAAAAGCAAAAAACUAAAUCUACUGAAGAACCAGUCGUCCUUUCACCUAUUCUUAAUAAUACCAUCGUAUUAGAUGCUACCUGCAAUGAUGUUGUUUCAAUAGUUAUACCACCGGAACACAUGGACAAAACUGUUGUGCGAACCCCCAAAGUUGUGAGCAGUACUAGUCCACAGAUAGAAUUAUCUUAUUUUGAUCAAG